AAAUUGAUCAAUCAAUUACUCUCUUUUUUCUCUUCGAAUUUAUCAAUAAAUUAUUCUUAAAGAUGUCUCGUGCACGUACUUCUGACGAUAUUUGGUGGGCAAGGAUUUUUGAUAGGCUUGACGAGUUUUUACAUAACUACCCGAAAUUACCAAAAAACUCGAUAACAGAAAACAAUUUGCCUCUCCACAUUGGUUCUAAAGUAACGAUCAGAAAUUAUAACACCUUCCUUCACCAUUACGGAUCAAGUGGAUACAAGUUUCGGUUUAUUUUAAACAGUGACAAUACAACUGGCGAAGUGUAUAUAAUUGGUAUGACCUCAACCGCGCAUGAGGAUAUUAUUAUUCGACUUCAAGAAUUUUUUAAAGUUCCUAAUAAUGGCGUUGUUGAUGAUCCCCCAAUAAUAGUCACUGGUCAAGUUCUUCACUAUGUGCCUGGUGGAACUAGGGUUGAAACAGCUCCUGAUGCUUGUGUACGUCCAAAUGUGGCAUUUGUUCCAAAACCUGCCGUUUCCACUGUAAUACCUCUUCCCCCUGGUGAUACAUGUGGAAAUCCACAUGCACGGAUAAUGUGUGAGGUAGCUGUAGGCCAAAGUGUUGGUGAAUUGGGACGAAAGUGCUCAUCUUGGAUACGAGAGCCAUACGUCCGCGCUGUCAUUAGCAUCAAGAUCUUAGAACCAAUACUAAACAUGCGAGAACCCACAACCGGUUAUUAUUACAGAGCAAUGACGGCCAAACUUUACCGUCAAGGAAUGGCAAUACAAAGUUGGGAUUUUGGGAAUAUUAAAAAACAUUCACGUGAUCCAGUCAACGAUCCUCCCGGUUGCAAUGCGCCAAACUUGGCAGCUUAUCAAAUAACUAUACCUAUAAGCGAAGUAUUCUGGGAUCCACCGUAUCCUAUCCCACCUGGAUAUACUCCAGCAAUUCCCUUAAACAUAGUUGGUACCAAUUUUGUAGUUGACUUGUACCGGAUUCAACGAGUCGCCUUACAAGCUCAAAUACCCUGAAAUGGGAAUUGUUACAACUUGAAACAAGUACCAGAAAAAAAACUGCUAAUUACAAGUUUUUUUUUUUCAGUUUAAAGUUUUCGAAACUGACUUGGUUUUUAUUCAUUUUCAUUAUUUUAUAUUUGAGUAGAUAUUAGUACCCGAUGAUGUCUAACAAGUGGUGAAUAGC